AUGGCUCAUUUACCUUUUAAAUACACACAUCUUUUCAUUUCCAGUCCACCCAAGGAGAAGAAAGGACCACAGGCGCUGGGAAUCCACCUGGAGAGUUCAUACCAGACUUCGUUGGAGCUCUUCCUUCCCGAGACUGUCAUGGCUCAAAAAGAACAGGAAGUGAGCAACAUCCAGGUCAGGAGCGUGUUACAGGGAGGCGUGACCUUUGAGGAUGUCACCGUGGCCUUCACGCAGGAGGAGUGGGAGCGACUGAGUCCUGAGCAGAGGGACCUGUACAGAGAUGUGACCUUGGAGAACUUCAGGAACCUGGUCUCCGUGGGAGGAGAGGAAGCCACCAAACCAGGAGUGAUCUUGCGGUUGGAGAACGGCGAGGAGCCGUGGACGGUGGCGACGCAGGUGCUGAGGAGCUGUGGCCCGGCAGAAAAAGACUGGGCCAUUGAAGAGCAGAGUGGGAGAUUCCAGGACAUAGAGCAGAGCCUCAAGACUAAAGUUGCAUCCGUCAACCAGGAGACACUGACCGAGCACGAAGACCUUGAACGUGACAAACCUAAAGAAAUCUUCCUGCUGAGUGCAGACAGUGUUCCUUCAAGGGCCAGACUCCUUGAACGUGACUCAUGCGGAAAACAUUUGAAACAUAGUUUAGAUACGAAAAGCUAUGUAAAAAUUAAUACGUACAAUAUAUCCAAAAGAAGAAUUGGCAAUGAUCCAUCUAAACUGAAAGAAAACCAAUUUUUGCGGAAUGCCUAUCGAAAGUCACUCAGUUCAAAAUCAUACCUUCAGAGUCCCCUAAGGACACAAGCCAUUGAGGAAUCCUUUGGACAUAAUACACGUAGACGGGCAUUCAGCAAGAAGAGUAGGACAGAUGAACACCAGAACACUGAUACAGGAGACAAAUCCUAUGAAUGUGACGAAUGUGGGAAAGUCUACAAGCAAAAGCCCAACCUUGUCCAACACCGGAAAACUCAUACUGAAGGGAAACCCUUUGAGUGUCAAACAUGUGGGAAAGGCUUUUCCUGGAAAUCCGCCUGCAUUAAUCAUAAGAAAAUCCACCAUGAAGAGAAAGCCUACGAAUGUGAUAAAUGUGGGAAGUCCUUUAAACAGGGCUCAACCCUCCUUCAACAUAAAAAAAUUCACACCGGACAAAAGCCCUACAGCUGCAACAACUGUGCAAAAGCAUUCAUCUACAAGUCAGAUCUUGUGAAACACCGGAGAACACACACAGGAGAGAAGCCUUAUAAAUGCAACGUGUGUGGAAAGGCUUUUGCCCAGAAAUCCAACGCCGUUGACCAUGAGAAAAUCCACUCUAGGGAGAGAGCCUACGCCUGUGAGCUAUGUGGCAAUACCUUCAUCCAGCAGAAAAAUCUUAUUCAACACAGAAAAAUCCAUACUGGAGAAAAAUGCUACGAAUGUGACAGAUGUGGGAAAGCUUUCUUCCAGAAGUCAAAUCUUCACAGCCACCAGAGAAUUCAUAGCGAGGAGAAGCCCUACCAGUGUCAGGAGUGCGGGAAAUUCUUUAGCCGGAAGUUAGGACUCCGCCUGCAUACAAAAGUCCACACUGGACAGAAACCUCAUGAGUGUUCUGAAUGUGGAAAAGUCUUCCUUGACACGUCGUAUCUUAUCAAGCACCAGAGAAGAAUUCACAACAGAUACACGCCUCCCGCACAUUAA